AAAGGUUGAGUAGGCAAAGGCCGUAAACAAUUAUGUAAAGAAAAAACUUUUAAAAGGUAGCAUUUCUCAGAAUUGUUUACAUUUCGUUCCCAAUUAAUUAUUAUCUUAAUAAUUCAGCACUAGAAUGGCUGCAGUUGUAACAGAAAAUGAUGUUACCGAAAAUGUAGUGGAAAAUGGAGAAGAUGACGAUGUAGAGGUUAUCGAUGAAGGUGACACAAAAGAUCCCGCAAAGAAGAAGAAAAAGAAAAAAAAGAAGAAGAAGGCAGAAGGUGAAACUGCUAAAGAAAGUCCGACAGAAGUGACUGCAACAACAGAAAAAUUAGAGGCAUUAUCUCUUGGAGAGAAUGCUGGUGAAGGUGAUGAGAAAAAGAAAAAGAAGAAGAAUAAGAGUAAAUCUGGAAAAGGAUCUUCUAAGGAGCAGACCGUCCCACCUACUAUACCAGUAGCGGAACUAUUUCCUGAUGGAAACUUUCCUGAGGGUCAAAUUAUGGACCAUGGUCCUGCUGAGGGUAUUGAUGAGAGAACUGCAAAAAAUCGUUUUACAAGUGAGGAGAAAAGAGCUCUUGAUAGAUUACAUAAAGAUAUUUAUCAGGAGAUCAGACAUGCUGCUGAAGCCCACAGGCAGACAAGAAAACACAUCCGCAAUUGGAUCAAGCCUGGCAUGACAAUGAUAGAUAUUUGUGAAGAGUUAGAGAAGACUGCGAGACGUCUUAUUGGGGAAGAUGGGCUCAAAGCAGGUCUGGCUUUCCCCACAGGAUGCAGCCGCAACCACUGUGCGGCACAUUAUACUCCUAACACAGGUGAUACAACAGUUCUCGAAUAUGAUGAUGUAGUGAAGAUCGACUUUGGUACUCACAUAAAUGGUCGUAUUAUUGACUGCGCCUUCACAUUACACUUUAACCCACGCUAUGAUCCUCUUGUGAAGGGCGUUCAAGAAGCUACAGAAGCUGGAAUUAAGGCGUCAGGGGUCGAUGUAAGGCUUUGCGAUGUAGGUGCUGCUGUACAAGAGGUAAUGGAGUCACAUGAAGUCGAACUCGACGGGCAGAUGUACCAGGUGAAACCAAUCCGUAAUCUUAAUGGACAUUCAAUUGAACCUUAUAAAAUCCACGCCGGUAAGACAGUCCCGAUAGUGAAAGGUGGCGAGACAACGCGCAUGGAGGAGAACGAAAUCUACGCUAUAGAAACUUUCGGAUCCACUGGACGUGGUCAAGUUCACGACGACAUGGACUGCUCUCACUACAUGAAAAACUUCGAUCAGCAAUUUGUUCCGUUGAGAUUGCAAUCGUCGAAACAGCUUCUGAACGUGAUCAACAAGAACUUUGGUACUCUCGCGUUUUGCAAGCGCUGGCUGGAACGCGCCGGGGCCUCUCGUUACGCGAUGGCGCUGAAGGACCUCUGCGACAAGGGGGUGGUGGAUGCCUACCCGCCCCUAUGCGACAUCAAGGGGUGCUACACAGCACAGUUCGAACACACCAUCCUGCUCAGACCCACCUGCAAGGAAGUCGUGUCCCGUGGCGAUGACUACUAACCUCCGAUCCGAAUAACCUUUUGAACGCCACCUCAUACUCAUCAACACGUGUAAAUCCUAACUCGGGACAGCUCUAACUGUAGUGAUCAAAAGGUUAAAAGAUCUACAAAUGUUUGAACUGUUUUAAUACUGGAAAUGUAGUUGUAAUGCUUUUAUAACAUGUUUUGGAGUCGUAACUGAAUACUAAUAAAUGUACUUACGGGGUGUAAGGGAGACGCUCUGCAAGCAAGAACUUUGAGUCACAAAGAAUAAUGUUCAUAUGCUAAGUAUGCAAUAAGCCAGCGGUCGGGGAACUUUUUUAAUUAUUACCCCAAAAUAUUUUUGUGUAGGUAAGUUGAUAUGGCGAAGAACAAAAAAAAACGAAAUCGCUUCUU